CCGCCCCUUCAGCCCUGGCCGUGCCCCGCGGGGUGUGGCGCCGCGCGGCCCCUCCUCCUCCCCCCGCCCACUCGCGGGCUCCGCCGGUGCCGCCCUUUCCCUUUUCCGCCGGACCGAAGCCGCAGCCGCCAUCAUGGCCAAGAUCAAGGCCCGGGACCUGCGGGGGAAGAAGAAGGAGGAGCUGCUGAAGCAGCUGGAUGACCUGAAGGUGGAACUGUCACAGCUGCGCGUGGCCAAGGUGACGGGAGGAGCCGCCUCCAAGCUGUCCAAAAUCCGCGUGGUGCGUAAAUCCAUUGCCCGAGUCCUGACCGUGAUCAAUCAGACUCAGAAGGAGAACCUGAGGAAGUUCUACAAGGGCAAGAAGUACAAGCCUCUCGAUCUGCGGCCGAAGAAGACUCGUGCCAUGCGACGCAGGUUAAAUAAACAUGAAGAAAACCUGAAGACCAAAAAACAGCAGCGAAAAGAACGUCUGUACCCUGUCCGGAAAUAUGCCAUCAAGGCAUAAGAGUGCAGUGUACCAGAAGUUGUUAAUUACACUGGCUGGGUAUGUGUCAUUAAAUAGAACUUUGUUUGGAA